AUGUCGACAGACGACCUCAAGGCGCAUGCCGCCUCUAAACAGGACUUCUACGCGCUGCUGGAUCUCUCGCCCGCGGCCAACGAGUCCGAGAUCCGGCGCGCCUACCGCCGCACCGCGUUGAAAUACCACCCCGACAAAAUCGCCAACCCAACCGCCGCCGACAUCGACAAGUUCCAUCUCCUCCAAAUAGCCAAUGAUGUUCUCUCUGAACCAGCGGUUCGGCAGCUCUACGACAAUGCGCGCGAGGCGCGCAUGCGCAAACAGCGCGAGCGGGAUCAGAUGGACGCCGCGAAACGGAAAAUGCGCGAGGACCUCGAAGCGCGGGAGCGUGCUGGCGCCGCUGCUCAGCAAGGUGUCAAGCGGCCAUGGUUUCCAGGUGGCGAUGACGAUGCGGAGGCGAAGCUGCAGCGGGAAAUUGAGCGAAUCGCUGAGGACGGGCGCCGGCGCCGGCGAGAGGCGACAGACAAGCUGAAGCGGCAGAUGGAGGAGGCGCAGAAGAAGAUGCAGAGGGGGGAAGAGGAGGCGCGCAAUGGGACAGACUGGAGCAGCCAGCGUGUCGAUCGGUCACAUGAGGGCGGCACGAAUGUCUCCGAGCUCGAGCGCUCAGUGAAGGUGCGUUGGGUGCGAGACGGCCGUGGAGCAGACUGGGAUGCAGAAUGGCUGAAGGCUAUAUGCGCGCCAUUUGGAGAGAUUGAGGGGACGUUCAUGCUAAAGGAUAAGCGUGCCCGUGUGGAGGGGAAGAAAGGGAAGGUCUCCUUUGGCACGGGCGUCGUGGUCUUCAAGUCGAUUGUCAGCACGCAGGCAGCUGUGCUGGAUAGCGAGAAGAAGAUUCGGCAAGCGGAUGGUGACUGGGCGUUUGUGGAUUCUGUUGCGUAUGCAUCAGGCAAAGCACCAGACCUGGGAUUCCGCACGAACAACAAUCCUGAAGGCCCAACUCCAUCAGCGGAUUCCCAGAAAUCCUCGUCCAAGCUCCCUACCGACACAUCCCCUAGGCCGUCAUUCAACUUCCCAGGGGUAAAAAAUGCACACCAACCAUCUGGAAAUGCACCUUCAUUCGGAUCAUUCCCCUCUGCUGCCGGAAAUCCCCCCAAAGCAUCGUCUUUCAAUCCAUCCGCAAAGACGUCAACGCCCAGCCUUCAGGAAAUUACUAUGAUGCGACUCAAGAAAGCACAGCGUGAGAAGGAGCGCAGAGCUCUUGAAGAGGAGCUUACCCGAGAAGACGAAGCAGCGGAUGCCGCAGAAGCUGCAGCGGAAGAGGCAAAGGCCAAUGGAGCCUGA